GCAAACACUCAAGUGUGCAUAAUCGACCCGGCCCAAUAGUCGAAAUGCUUGGAAACCCAUUUCGUCUCCCCUCUCUCCAGGCUAUCAAAAUCUCGAAUUCCAAAUUUGAACUCAACUGAUCAUUCCUCUGUAGCCAGCCAACUAUUAAACAAAAUAAGAAUAAGGAGAAAUGUUGUUGGCCGUGUUAAUUGCCAACUCCGAGGGAAACAUUCUUGUCGAACGGUUUAAUGGUGUGCCAGCAGAAGAGCGUUUGCAUUGGCGGUCUUUCCUAGUCAAGCUUGGAGCAGAUAAUCUUAAAGGCGCAAAGAAUGAAGAACUUCUUGUUGCUUGUCACAAAUCUGUUUAUAUUGUAUACACAGUGCUUGGAGAUGUCAGCAUCUAUGUCGUUGGCAAGGAUGAGUAUGAUGAACUUGCAUUGUCUGAAGCAAUCUUUGUCAUAACAUCAAGCAUUAAGGAUGUCUGUGCGAAACCUCCAUCAGAGCGCCUUUUCUUGGACAAGUAUGGAAAGAUUUGUCUUUGUCUGGAUGAAAUUGUAUGUAAGGGGCUGCUGGAGAACACCGAAAAAGAAAGAAUUAAACGACUUGUAAGGAUGAAGCCUCCUGUUGAGUUCUAAACCUAUAGGUGUACCCAGUACUAGUUCUUGGGGGUGUUUGUAAGACCAGGCAGGAACUUGACGUAAACGACGCAACUGGGAUUGGUACUCAGGAUCGGUCCAGCCUAGAUACAGUUCCGAUUUACAUGGAGGUACAUUUUUCAUCUUAUAUUAUUCAUAUUAUGAAUGUUGUAUAGUAUAAUAAUCCUUCCUUUUAUAGUUGUAUUUAUUACGUACGGAGUAUUACUUUUUGGGAAGUUAUUAUUAUUAUUUGUUACAGAGUAUGUUUUACCAAUUUGGAAAGUUUACUCUACUUUUAUCCUUAAUUUACACGAAUAUCAUUAUUUUAUCA